UUCCAUUCCAUAUUUUAGAUGAAAUACUAUCUUGAUAUUGAAAAAGCUUCAACAAUUUCGGAUGAAAGAUUCACGGCUUCAAUGGGCGUAUCAGCAAACGGUGUCUUUACCGUUCUGAAUGGCGGACCCAACGAUCCGAAAUGUCAGCCUGAUCCGAAAUGCAAUACAUCAAAUGCGGCAGACGGCAGAUGGGGAUGGAUAGUGAUAUUUGCUUCAUUCAUGCACCAUGUUUUGUUGGAUGGAAUAACGUAUUCGUUUGGAAUCUUCUUUAAUGACUUUCUGGAAUAUUUUGGUGGCAGCAAAGGCAAAACACAGAUGCUUGGUUCUGUCAUCAGCGGUUACUACCUGUUCAUUGGUCCAUUGGUCGGAGUGAUAGAAAGCCGGUUCAAAUGUCGGAGAGUGGCUAUGGUUGGAGCUGUAGUAGCCAGUCUGGGACUGUUCCUCUCGACCUUCUCUCCAAACCUGGACAUCAUGAUUCUUCUGUACGGUAUUGUCGCGGGUACUGGCUUUGGACUCGUGUACGGACCUUCAAUAUUAAUAGUGAGUUACUACUUCAACAGACGCCGUGCCCUAGCUACAGGGAUAGCCGUAUGUGGGUCGGGUAUCGGCGGCUUCGUCUUUGCACCACUCGGUGCCCUGCUACUUGAGAUGUACGGCUGGAAAGGCGCCAUGUGGAUCAUCUCCGCGAUCGUAUUGAAUGGGGUUGUGUUUGCAGCACUUUACAGGCCAAUUCAGUCGGAACAGAAGGGACUACAUGAACGAACAAAAAUACCGGGAAAUAAUGAAAAUUCCCGCAUUAAUGAAUCUCGGUGUUCGUCUCUAAGACAGACAUUAGGGAUUUCAAUGUUAUCAAGUCCGUCCAUGGUUGUCUUCCUUGUAUCGAGUUUUCUGGUGUCCGCUGGCUUCUACAUUCCGUUCAAUUUCCUGCCAACGUUUGCUAAGGAGAUUGGACUAUCAGCCUCUGAAGGGGCCCUCCUCAUAUCCAUCAUCGGGAUAUUUAACACACUUUUGAGGGUUGUGAUUGGCAUUGUGUCAGAUCGGUCCUGGGCUGACUGUAUCCUGACCAAUGGUGUGGUUCUGGUAGUAGGGGGAAUAACAACCUUCUUCAUACCAUACUACACGUCCUUCUGUGCCCUAGCUGGUUAUUCCGCCGUCUUCGGAUCUGCAAUAGGGGUUUUCGUUCCACUGAGGUCAAUCAUUUUGAUAGAGCUGAAAGGAAUUGAGCAUCUAUCGACAGGAUUUGGUCUACUGACUAUGAGUAUUGGAGCUUCGAUAAUAAUAGGAUCGCCUGUGGCAGGAUUUUUUUCGGACAUGACUGGAGACCUUGAUAUCGUGUUUUAUCUAUCUGGUGCUACAAUAACGCUCGGGGGAGUGCUGUGUCUUCCUCUUCGACGAAUUAUGUACUGGGAGCUAAAGAAAUAA